UUAUCAAAAAUUUUAUUUUUACUAUUUUAGCAACUACCAAAUAUCAGUAAAUUCGAGUUAGGUACACUGAAAAAAUGAGAAUUGAGGGGUCUUUCAUUUUGCACAAACAAAAUAAGUUAAUACUACACAAGACAAUUAUGUCUCUUGUAUUUACACGAUUGAAUAAAGAAUCAUUUACUUAAUUAUCAACAAUAAUGAAACUACACAUUUUCUUUACGUUGGUUUAACGUAAUUAUAUUACAUUACUAAAACCAUUGUAAUCAUGUUUUAUCAUCACCGGAAAUGAUGCAAUAUAUCAAAAGACACUCUCAAAUAUGAUUGGAUAAUAAUAAGAGCGGUCUUUUUAAUGUUAACCAAUCAGAAGCCAAACAAGAUAUUUGUAAAGAUAUCGCGAUUGCCGCCCAGUUUCUUCCGACUCCUCAGCGACAAGAACGUUUAAGACAAAUCUUUAGAGGAAUAUCGAUUAGGUUUAGGUGGUGCUGGUAAUGUGGAGUUGUAAGGGGUCCAAGCUUUUGCAUCACUACAAAUUAAAACAUCCACAUUUUGGACGUCAUUGCCACUUCCCAUGUACAUACCUGCAUUGUCCAUGCAGAGAGAUAAAUGCUGAGUUUAAGAGAAUUACGACCAUACCGCUUCAUUCAAAGUUCUUCUCUCAAGUGGAUCUCCACUGUGACAACCUGAGGAAGCUCUUCAAAAGAAGAGGAGGACAGCUCGGACAAAAGCUUAGACAAAUUGUUGCACAAAUAGAUGAUUGUGAAGAUGUUGAUGUUGCACGGAGUGUGUCAUUAAGAGUCUGCAUAUAUAUGGGAGAAGAUCCAGCCAAGCUCAUCCAUAAAUAUGUGGGUGUGGAUGAAGCUAAUAUUGAAGAGGGUAUUGGAGCCACCACCAUCGGUGUUUUUCAUCUUAAAGACUGUUCUUCAGCAGAUGAAGACAUCGGGGUCGUUCUUGAAGGUAUCAAAGUGUUUUCCAAUUUGGAUAGUGUGCCAACAGCUGUUGCAUUGCUUUUUGGACUGAUAUAUGCAAUGAACCUCGCCUACCCUGCUGACCUCCGCUACACUUUCGAGGUAUUACAGAAAAUACUAAUGGAACUGGAUGGAGGUAAACUGUCAAACAAGGCAUUGUCCCUUAAAAACCACUUCUAUGAGUGAAUAGAGAUUUUCUCAUGUUUAAUUUGGUAAUGUUCUCAUGUUCAGUUUUUGUAUUUCUUGUUGUAUUCUUUAUUGGAGGACACAAAUGUAUUUUUUUAAUGAGGAACGUUCACCUGAAAGACUGGGCUUCAGCAGCUUUUACGUUCCAGUAUGUAGUGCUACUUAUAACACUACUGCUACUUAGUGUUACAAAUAUGUUAAAGAAAUUUGCUAUAAAAGUUACAUUACACUGAUUUAUUGUCAUGCAAAUUACAUGUUCAGAAUUGUUUUAGAAAUUUGACAUACUUUUCUAAAUCAUUUUGUCUUUCAUAUUAAUAUCUUAUAGAUAAAAUUUUAAGAUGUAGUGUUUCCCUUGUAAAAAAAUGUUCUUGUUUUUACACAUUUGUUUAGACUAUCACUAUGGUAUUACAUAGUAAUCAGUAAGACAUGUGACAGAUAAUUGGUGUAAAAAGUUUAGCUUUGUCUCAUAUUGACAUAACAUACUGAUAGUUUUAACAAAUAUGUUAAAAAAAGUCUGUAAAGCUAUGUACUGCAGCAUUAAUUAAUGUCAUUUGAAUACAUGUUCAAAAACAGUUUGUAGAAAUUUGACAUACUUUUCAUAAUCUUGUACAUCUUUUAUAGAAAUAUGUCUCAGGUUUUCCUUCAUGUUCAUAAAAAUUGUAUUUACUAAAUUUAAAAAAAUGUAUGUCUCUUCAAUUUAAAAUAUGUUAAGUACAAAAUGGUGAGAUUUAAAUUUUCUUUCAAAUAAAACUAAUUUGUUCAGUA